AUGGCGCGCUUCUCGUCUUCCCUGUCGGCUGUGGUGUCGAGCGGUCUCGUCUACACGCGGAGGAGGUGUUCACCUCUGGUAGCUCCGGCUGCUCUCUUCCGCGCCUUAUCCUACGAGGUACGGCCACUCCAGAAACGGCGGAGGGGCGCCACCUUGUCGUCCCUGUUUCCAAGGACGGCUGUGGCUUUUGGCCUCACCGCUACUGCAGGCGACGUCAUUAGUGACGACAGAGUUAGUGCUAGUGGGUAAAGACUUCAUAAUUUCGAAUAACAUCUCGUGUGCUGGAGGUGUGAUUUGUUUUCUUACGUCGGUAGCAUAAUUUAUUCCCUGCAUCCCGGAACUUUAAAUCCGCCUUCGGCUUCUCUGGAGUUUGGACAAUUUGAUGGGAGUGGGAAAUGCACGCGCGGUAUGGUUAAAUCUGUGUAUGAAGAGGAACAUGAAAUGCUUAACAUUAUGUAGAACAGAAAAUUAAAUUUUCUGAUGUUUCCUAUAAUAUAUUUUCUGGGUAUCAGUAUUUUACAUAUAAUUAUGUCACUUUGAAGGAUGCAUUGUUGUAUGAAUGUUUCUUAUGGUUACUAGUCGUAGCAUUUGAUUAAUACCUAUUUUAGGAAAAAUAAAACAGGCAUUAAAACCGUCUACAGUCGGUUCACAAUGGCAGAAAAACUUAUGAGUAUAAAAAAUACUGACUUCCGCCAGGACAGAUACAUCUUGGUUGAGCAAUACAUCAUGGAUGAAGGCCAUUCCCAAACAAUUUCCUUCACCAUCAUAAGACAAGCUAUCUUUUCCAGUUGAGAUCUCCUGUUUGGGUUCAGACUGUAAUGUGCCAUCAUCAUUCAAAAUUAGAUACUGUGGAAGAAAAAUUUCUGGACGUACAACAACUCAUAUCUUAUUUUCUUCCAAGUAGAAGAAAUUGUUCUCGUUUUCCUUUCUCUCUGUAGCUUUUCUUCCAACGGCUCAUGCCUUUACCAGCUGCUUAUUACUUAUUGGGUUAGCUGGUAUUGAAUCAAUCGCCUCCUGUGUUAUCUUUUCAUGAUCUCGAUCUUCUUCUCUUUCCUACAUAUGUAACUGGAUUUAAGCCUCGGAGAUUUCUCGGGCUGGCAUUUCCAUUAAACCCCCCUGAUCUUCCGUGAAUUUCUUACCACUGGAUUGUUUUGAUUUCAGACACUAUCAAUACAACCGUCUGCUUCCCUGCCCAUCGCAGAAUAGGCCACCCAGGGUUGAACACCUCGUUGUCUCAGAAGGGGGGCCGGUUCUUGAGUAUAUUUGCAAGGAACUGGAUCUUCCUCCCCUGUAAGUAAUGGAAAAGGAUUUGGAAUCAGGAGUUGAUGAUUGUUUCAAUCUAUCUUAUGGAUGCUGAUGAGCAUUGUGCCUAUUGUCUGAAUCCAAUGUCCCUUUUGAAGCUAUGUUGCUGAUCUAAUUGAUUUCGGGGCUGUAUAUUACGCCCUGGUGUGCCCAACACCCCCUCCAAGCGCUACUCAAGAGCAAGUUGAGAUUUUUAAAAGGGUAACAGCACCAUCAAUUCUGCAGAAGAGAUCAUCAAUUAAAGGAAAGACAGUGAGGGAAGCGCAAAAAACCUUCAGGAUAACGCGUUCUGAUGAAUUCGUUGAAACAGGCACAUAUUUACGCGUGCAUGUGCACCCAAAGCGCUUUCCAAGGUGGUUAUAGCUAUCUGAUUGUUGGAUUUUUUAAAAUUUUCCUUUUUUUUAAAAGGAGAUUCCAUAACAUAUACCCUUCUAGUCUUUACCCAGAUCCCAUUCCAGUUUUGUGUUUCAGUGCAUCAUAUUUUCUCACAUCGUCCCUCCUUUUCAUACCUCUUCUAAAUGGUAUUCAAUUAUUUGCUCAUUAGAAGCAUGAAGUCAGCCCUGAAUAAUAAAUCACUUUGGGCAAUUUUUCUGCAGCCAAUGGAAACCCACUUCUGGAUUGACAGGGAAAUUUCAUGGUUAUGAUUACGUUUUAUUUUAUCACACUGCAAUGCUCAUUAGUUUCUGAAUAUAAUCAGGUGUUACGAAGUCGAUUGGAAGUCUAGAAUCAUAGCAGUGACUGAAACAUAUGUUGUCCUCGACAAACCAGCAGCUACUUCAGUAUGUGCAUCUUUUUCCUGUUCCCCACAUAGUUGGUCAUUACUUUGUUUGCACAAAUUCCUGCUCAGGUACGAUACUGGAAACUAUUUGGUGUUUAAUAAUUGUCUGUUGAUAGCCUUCCUGCUAUUUAUCCAUAAACAAAUUUCACCUAAAUCAGAAAUAGGGGGGCUAAUCAAAUUUAGAAUAAAAAAAUGGAAGAGACGCAAGAAAACGAUCAUCUGGAAGGUGUGAUUGCAUGAUCAUUGGGCGGUUUGGGACUCAUGAGAAGCCCAAUUCAGGCCUCAUUCUUGGUUUAAAACAUCAGUCAAACCUAGAAAAGAAUGAUCUGGAGCCGGAAGAAACUGUGUUGAAAACGUCCCUAUCCCUCCUUCCAUGUUCAUCGUGUUGUUUCAAGUAUCACCCACCAAACCCUUUGACCACCCUUUACGUUCCAUCCUCUUCUCCACCCUUCCAACUUCUCCUCCAUGCUGGUUGGGUAUUAUCUUUACGUUCCAUGUUCUGACUUUGUUCUUUGAAUUUUUUGAGGUAUUGACUAUAGUGUUCAUUCUUUAUGCUUUUUUGGGUAUAUACUUAAAUGUGUCUUUGGAUCACCUACUCCUGCCUUAGUUUCUUUUGUCUCAUGCUCUAUGAGGCGUGUAUGGUCUGUGUAGGUGGGUGGGACUACCGACAACAUUGUAGAAAGCUGUGCAAACUUUGCAACUCGUGCUUUAGGGCUAGAAAGUCCCUUGCUGACCACUCAUCAGAUUGAUAACUGCACAGAGGGCUGGUAAUUUUCAUUGGAAUAAAAUAGCCUGAGAUGCCCAGGGAGAUGUGUAAGAGAAAUAAUGGUUGAUUCACCGUUUUGCAGUGUUGUGCUUUCUAGGUCGAAGGAUUUUUGCUCUUAUUUUCAUGGAUUAAUAAGGGUAUGUUCUUGACUUGAUUUUAAAUUAUUGAUUAUUCUUUUAUUUUGUAAUAAACGGAUAUUGUGAAAAGAGAAUGAUAUUUUUCUUCAAGUAGAAUAAUUAUUAUUUUAUUCCACCUCAGUGUGUGAGAUUUUAUGAACAGGAGAAGAAGGUGAACAAGCUUUAUCUUGCUCUUGCUGCGGCACCUGUGCCGGUUGGAAUAAUUUCACACUACAUGCGCCCAGUAAACAUGGCCCCCAGACUUGUUUCAGAGGGUGAGGAUGAAUGAGAUUCGAACAUUAUUUAGAUUUCUCUAAGUAAUGCUGUUCAUUCUUAAAAGGUUUUGAAACCAUAUCAGGGGAUAGCCCGCUAUAUCUGCUCUAGUCGCAUAAUACCCUCUCUCUCUCUCUCUCUCUCUCUCUCUCUCUCUCUCUCGCCGCAGCAUAUGAUGAAAAUUGCUGGCCAUAUCAAAAAAAUUCCAUGAUAACUGGGUGUAUAGAGCGUGCUUAAACUGUCGUUGUCCUAGAAUGGCAGCUUUUAUAUGUAUUUUAAAAGAGAAGUGACAAAUAUUUCAUAAAUCUCUAAGACUAAACACGCAGAUACACAUAUUCUUUCUAUUUCAUAUUAUAUUAUAAUUGUUUUCGUCUUAAUCUUUAUGCCCACAUUCCUUCAGAUUUGAUUGAUAGAUGGCAUCUAUGCCAACUUGAGGUAUUACAGUGCGAGGAAAUCCCUUGGCCAAAUGCAGAGAUUGAGAGAAGAUACUCCAUUGAAGACUGCGGAUGGCCAUCAAAGCAUGUGGCCUAUGAAUGUACGAUCAAGCUAUUAACAGGAAAAACUCACCAGGUAUUUUUUUUAUCCAAAAAUUACCGAUUUGGGUUUUUCAAACAUCUUUUCUUUGAUCUAGUUUAAUUAUUUCUUGAUCCUUGGAUGAUGAAUUUCUAAUUUUUUUUUCUUGUUCUGUGGGUUCUUAAAAGGUAUUCUUUUUUUUUAUAUACAAUGUUCUUGCGUUUAGAUUUAUUAUCUUAUUUAUUUUUUAAUAUUUUUUGUUCAUUGUUUCCCACUAUAUAUAAUCCUGGGAAGUUUCUGCUUCUUUUCUAUUCCUGGACAAUCAUACGAUGGAUAAUUAUCUUUUUGGAUGUUUGGAAAUGAAUUCCCGGUUUUUUUUUUUCUUGUCCUGUGCGUUCUUUAAAGAUUUUCUUUUUUAUAUAUAUAAUUUUCAUGCGUUUAAAAUUAUUAUCUUAUUCAGUUUUAAAAUUUUGAUAUUAAUAUAAUCCUGGGAAGUUUCUGCUUGUUUACUAUUCCUGGAAAAUCAUAGGAUGGAUAAUCUCCACGCAUAAAUAAUUACUAUCGUCUUGAUUUCUUUGUUUAAUAUUGGAAGUGCCGCUGACUUUUUCACUGCUCUUGUGCAGUCAGAUUAUUGAGGAAGCUUCUGGUUUUUGCUUACUCGUUGACCUUUUGAGAAUGGACGUAUUUUCUAAAAUUGGAAAAUAAAUAAAUCUUCAUACGUAAGCAAUGGACAUAUUGUAUUUAUUUAUUUAUUUUUAUUUUGGUAACCUUACGAUGCAGAUCCGAGCCCAGUUGGCGGCCAUCGGUGCCCCAAUCGUGGGCGACUCCAUGUACAUGCCCGCCGUCAUCAGGGAGAAGGAGGACCCAAAAGUCAACCCCUUUGGGAGGUCCAGGAACCCCCACGCUGCCGAAGAUGACGGCGGAGGCAGCGCCGUUUUGGAGUGGAUCGCGCAGCAUGGGAAGGAACCCGCUGCGGCCAUCGGCCUCCAGGCCUUCCAGAUCUCCUGGGACGACGACACGUGUCUCUAUAAUUCUGGUGCCCCUUGGUGGAGAUGA